AUGGUGGUUUUACAACUGAGACAUUUCCUCUAUCUGGCAGCACUUCUGAGCUCCACUUUCACCUUCUUGUUUCUCUACUUUCAAAACUCUAAGUUGGUUUUCACCUACAAUUUUUACAGUUUUGUAUCUGAGAGAUCUCAGUGUGCGUGCAGUAUCUGUGUGGCAGACCGAGGAAACAGUAACUGGUUCAGUAAACGUUACCAACCCAACAUACCACUUCUGCUUAACCGCACCAACAGUGUAUUAAGUGCAAAAGUCUCCAGGUGGUGGAAUGGGCUACAAUCAAAUGCCGGCAACUACACGGAGGUGGUGGAUCAGCUGUUUUCUCUCUUUCCUGAUAAAGAGCACUAUUCGGACGCCGGUCCAGAUCGCUGCAGAACCUGUGCUGUGGUGGGAAACUCUGGGAACCUGCUGGGAUCCCAUUAUGGGCCUCUCAUAGACCAAUAUGACUUUGUUAUGAGGAUAAAUAAAGGCCCGACGGAAGGUUAUGAGAAGGACGUGGGGUCAAAGACGACUCACCGGAUUCUGUAUCCUGAGAGUGCCAUGGACUUGGGCAACUCCACCCAUCUAGUGCUUCUUCCCUUCAAGAUUCUAGACCUUCAGUGGCUCAUCAGUGCCUUCACUACUAAACACAUCACAGAAACAUACAUAAAAGUGCCAUCUACAAUCAGAGCAAAAAAGGACAAGGUGAUGAUCUUCCACCCAGAAUUCCUGAGAUAUGUCUAUGAUAACUGGGCAGAAGGGCAUGGAUUAUAUCCAUCCACCGGUUUCUUAACACUGAUAUUCGCUCUUCACGUCUGUGACGAGGUGAAUGUGUUUGGGUUUGGAGCUACGAGUGAUGGAAAGUGGCAUCAUUAUUUUGAUGAAACGUUGACUUCAUAUGAGCUCGGCGUUCAUAGUGGAAAAUUUGAGAAUGAAACAGUCAAUCGUCUCCAACAGCAAAACAAGAUUUUGAUUCACAAAGGUUGGACAUAA